AUGCGAUCGCGCACAGGCUGCUUGACGUGUCGGGCUAGGAAAUUAAAAUGCGAUGAGCAAAAACCGCAGUGUUCGCAAUGUCGCAAAGGAAGCCGAGAGUGUCGACCGAGCGAAGGCGUGAUCUUCCGACAUCAGCAGAAUGCGUCGAUGAAUAAGGAUGCCGAGGAGGCUUCAUCGAGCGGUCGGGGGAAUCUGAAGGGGUUCUAUUCGUAUAAGAAUACGUUUGAUAAAGAUAGUGUUUGGUUGGAUAUCCCGAAGCAGGUGGUCUUUGUCGACAACUCUGAUCCGUAUAACGACGAUCUCGAAGCGACGCUACAGGAGUCCGAAGCCGCGAUAUUGGCUGCGAAUGCGCAGAGUCAGAAUUGGAAUGGGAAUAGCGAUAUCCGUGAUGGAGAGGUACAAGGCUUGGAGGCUUUGUCCACAGCAGCCGCUCACGAUCGGUUUUCAUUCCCUUCUUUGAGUGAUCAAACUCACUCAUCCAUGCCGGACAGUUCUCCCUUUACUGCUAUCUCACCACCUACAUCUUCUGGACCCUCUCCUGGCCGAACGCGCUCGAUCCCGCCGCAUGCCUCACCACCGGUCUCGAUUUCGUCGAACCCGACAUCCAACCAUAACAAUAAUAUCAACUUCCUCCUCAACCCGUCUCACUCGUUGUCUCCACCAGUCGACCCGAGCAUCCAACAACCAGCCAGAAGCUCCUCGCUAUCAGCAAGAUCAGACGCAUCGCGACCACCCGCAGAAUCGAUAACCGGUGUGGCCGCCGAAUCCGAUCACGAAGUCGCCUUCCUCUUAAGACAUUAUGCAGAAGCGCCGGGCCUGUGGAUGGACCUCUUCGACCUGGGGACGUAUUUCGCCUCGUAUGUCCCCAUCAGAGCCCUCACUAACCCUCUCUUGAAAUACGCCGCGUGCGCGUUCUCCGCGAAACAACUGGCCCGGGUUAAAGGCGCCAAAGCUCCUGUAGGCGGUGUCACUUCGAAACAAUCAGCCAUGGAGAGCUGGCCGGACAUGCAGAAAGAAAACUGGUAUUGGUACGGCGCGAAGUAUUAUGAUAAGGCUAUCCAGCUUUUGAUGAAGGAGCUGCAGCCCGAUAAGGGGCCCCCUCCGUUGAGUACACCUGAGGCGUUUGGACAGUGGCAGGCUGCUGAGCUGUGCGAGGAUAACGACGAGAACCCGCGCAAGCGUCGACGGCGGCAUACGAAUAGUCGUCUUUCGAAUGGGGUUCAUUCAGAUGAAGUGUUGACUGCCACGGCGAUUCUGUCGGUUUAUGAGUUUCUCGAUGCCACGCCGGCGUGGAAUCGGCAUUUGAGUGGUGUAAAGUCGCUGCUUGAUGUUGCUGAGGUUGGCGUGCUGCCAUUGGAACAGCAUCCUCUUGAUCCGUUUCAGGCGCCGAAGAAGUCUGGAUUGUCCAAGGCGAGGAAAGCCAUAUUCUGGAACUUUGCACGGCAGGAUUACCUUGCAGCUUUCAUCAACGAAGGUCACACGAGAUUAAACACCGAGGACCUCGUCCUCUGGACAGAAGCUGGCCUCCAGCUCGAUAACAUGGGCUUCGUACGCCCCACCAACACAAACGCUGCCGGCUACCCCGAAGGCAACGACGUAAUGAAAGAAGAUCUCAUCUCCAACGCGCUCAUCUGGAUCCUCUCCAAAAUCGUCAACUUCAUCAGCGCCGGCGACAACGUGCACCUCGACCAAAACACAAUCGACACUGGCCCCCUCGGUGUCUCCCAACAUGUCCUCCUCGAGCGCUGGUACCGCCUCGAAGCCGAGCUCGACGCCUGGCACAACGGCCUCCCAGACACUUUCCGUCCCUGCGCGCGCAUCACCCCGUCAACCCUCCCACAGUACCGACCCGUCGAUGACGCAGACGCCGACGCUGCCUCGCUCCCAGAAGUCUGGCAUUGCAUGCCCAUGUGCUCUGCGACAAUGCAGCACUACCAUAUGGCGCGCAUAUUGCUGCUAAUUAACAAGCCGCACGACUCCACCAGCCGCCGUAGCACGAUUGCCAACCGGCUGAACUCGUACCGCUCCAUUGAGAGCGAGAUACGGUACCACAGCCGCGAGAUCCUGGGCAUAUCAUUGGCGAGACCGGAUAGUUCGGUUAGGAUCCACUCACUGCAGCCGCUGUUUGUUAGUGGGCAGUGUUUGACAGAGGCGAGGGAGAGGAGGUUGAUUGUUAGGUUGUUGAGGGAUGUGGAGAGGGAUCUUGGGUGGGCGACUGGGUAUCGGGUUAAGCAGUUGUUGAGGGAGUGGGGGUGGGUUGAGGGGGAGGGUGAGUAUGAUAUGAUUGAGGGUGGCGUUUCGUGA